CUGGAGAAGCUGCAGUGUGGGGAUGCUCUGACCGAGUUCAGCCCCCAGUGUCUCUCCUCCUCCUCCUCCUGCAGCCGCCGCAUCCGCAGUUGGCAGUGGGCAACUUGAAGCCGUACCUGGGGCAAGCCCCCAGGGUCCUGCUGGUCCGGCAGGGUGCUCAGCGCCCCGAAGGGGUGUGUGUAGGGUGGGGGCGGCCAGCUGGGACCAGCUGGUGGCCCUAGAAAACCUCACCCACACCCACACCCACACACCCCUUUUGUGUUGCAGGCUGCCCCUCUGAGAGAGCAGAGGCAGCGAGAGUACUCGCGUGCCUCGCACCGGUCCGCGGCGAGAGCAGUGGGGACCAAGACCAGCACCAGCUCCCGGUCCUCGCUUCAGGAAAACACGAGCCAGAGAGCUCUUGAACAACCAACACCUGCAGUCAGUUUGGAAGGUUCAUCCUCGCCAUCCUGAAAGCUCCACCGGGAACAUCUCAUCAAGAUUGAAGAAAGGAGAUUCUGAGAGAAACAGAAAACCCCAGAUACUCCAUAACACCCCAGCAGAACAUUUCCAUUGAACCAAAAAUGGUGAGCGAGAGUCAUCAUGAGGCCCUGGCCGCCCCGCCAGUCACCACUGUAGCCACCAUUGUCCCACAUAAUGCCACUGAGCCAGCCAGUCCUGGGGAAGGGAAGGAAGAUGCCUUUUCCAAGCUGAAGGAGAAGUUUAUGAAUGAACUGCAUAAAAUUCCAUUGCCACCGUGGGCCUUAAUUGCCAUAGCCAUAGUUGCAGUCCUUUUAGUCGUGACCUGCUGCUUUUGUGUCUGUAAGAAAUGUUUGUUCAAGAAGAAAAACAAGAAGAAGGGAAAGGAAAAGGGAGGAAAGAAUGCCAUUAACAUGAAAGACGUGAAAGACUUGGGGAAGACCAUGAAAGAUCAGGCCCUUAAGGAUGAUGAUGCUGAAACUGGAUUGACUGAUGGAGAAGAAAAGGAAGAACCCAAGGAAGAGGAGAAACUGGGAAAGCUCCAAUAUUCACUGGACUAUGAUUUCCAGAAUAACCAGCUGCUGGUCGGGAUCAUCCAGGCUGCUGAACUGCCUGCCCUGGACAUGGGGGGAACGUCUGACCCCUACGUCAAAGUGUUCCUGCUGCCUGACAAAAAGAAGAAAUUCGAGACAAAAGUCCACCGAAAGACCCUCAAUCCGGUCUUCAAUGAACAAUUUACUUUCAAGGUGCCAUACUCGGAAUUGGGUGGCAAAACUCUGGUGAUGGCUGUGUAUGAUUUUGAUCGUUUCUCCAAGCAUGACAUCAUUGGAGAGUUUAAAGUUCCUAUGAACACUGUGGAUUUUGGCCAUGUAACCGAGGAAUGGCGUGAUCUCCAGAGCGCUGAGAAGGAAGAGCAAGAGAAACUUGGCGACAUCUGCUUCUCUCUCCGCUAUGUCCCUACUGCCGGCAAGCUGACUGUUGUCAUUCUGGAAGCGAAGAACCUGAAGAAGAUGGACGUGGGUGGCUUAUCUGAUCCUUAUGUGAAGAUUCACCUGAUGCAGAAUGGCAAGAGGCUGAAGAAGAAAAAGACAACAAUUAAGAAGAACACGCUUAACCCCUACUACAAUGAGUCCUUCAGCUUUGAAGUUCCCUUCGAGCAAAUCCAGAAAGUGCAAGUGGUGGUAACUGUUUUGGACUAUGACAAGAUUGGCAAGAAUGAUGCCAUCGGCAAAGUCUUUGUGGGCUACAACAGCACCGGCGCGGAGCUGCGACACUGGUCAGACAUGCUGGCCAACCCCCGGCGACCCAUCGCCCAGUGGCACACUCUCCAGGUGGAGGAAGAGGUUGAUGCCAUGCUGGCUGUCAAGAAGUAAAGGGAAAAAGAAGCCUUUCUGCAUUUGUCCACAUAGUGCUCUUUAGCCAGUAUCUGUAAAUACCUCAGUCAUAUGGGUCCUUUCAGUUUCCAGCCAUGCAUUCCUAAUACGAUUCAGUGGUACUUCAGAUCCUGUUUUAAUUUGCACAGAUUUAAGUGUAGAGAUACCCUAUGCCCUUCAUCAUACCACUGCCCUCCAAAUCUACUCUUCUUUUAAGCAAUAUGAUGUGUAGAUAGAGCAUGACUGAAAUUAUGUAUUGUAUCACACUGUUGUAUAUACCAGUAUGCUAAAGAUUUAUUUCUAGUUUGUGUAUUUGUAUGUUGUAAGCGUUUCCUAAUCUGUGUAUAUCUAGAUGUUUUUAAUAAGAUGUUCUAUUUUAAACUAUGUAAAUUGACUGAGAUAUAGGAGAGCUGAUAAUAUAUUAUAUGGGAAAUAUAGUAUCGUCUGCAUUCCAGCAAAAAUAUCAAUUUGAAAGGCACUAGUACAGUUAAACUGACAUCUUAAAGGACAACUUAAACCUGAGCUUUCUAUUCAAUUAUUUGAGUACCAAGAUUCGUUCACACUACAUCCUUGGUGGGCAAACCCCAUUUUGUAGAAUUCUUUCACAGUCAAAUAGCACGACCUGAGCAGCAUCUAGGCUGACCUCAAGGAAGCAAAGCCACAAACCAGAAUAGCAUCUGUCUGUACAUAUCUGCAAAGCUAACGUCAUGGCUUCACUCUUACACUCAAGAAAGCGAUGAAUUGGAGUCAGUGAGUUCAUACAACUGCAUCUAGCACAGCAUCACAAUGGUGUUCUCUGUGAGUGUGUGAGCAAGUGUGAAAGUGUGCACGUGUGUUAUGUGUGGUGCAUGCCUUUGUUUGGGGUUAGGGUGGGGGAGGAGAAGCUGAGAGAAGUCAGCAUUUCUGAAAUACUGCCUGAUAUUUAAAGAGGAAAUAGCUCUCCAUUAUCACAUUUAUAUAAAGCGUGCAACCUGUGAAUUCUGAUCCAGAUUUCACACCAGUAAUGAUUCCAAAGGUAUGCGCGUGAGACUUUGUAACAAAAUAUUUUAUUAUACAAAACCAGAUUAGAGGGAAUGCAGAAUAUUUUUAACACAGCAAUCUGUGCUUAUUACACAAAAUUACUUUGUGGUAAACAGACAGUAUUGUAAAUCCCAUCAAAAGAUGAAAAAUACAAAUAAUUAGCCAUAGUUCUGAAUGCACUUCGAUUAAGCCAAAACAGACAGCUAGUGAUCUUUUUAUACGCUCUUUUUACUUAAGUUUUAAUUUGUCCUUUAAACAAAGGUGAAACCAAGAACAAGUUCUAGCAAACUGAAGCAACCUCUUAUGUACACUAGAUGCUUGACUUAGGAGGAGUUUUUAAAUGUUUUCAAUGUUAUUCCGUAGCAAAUGGCACUAUUACGACGCUACUAGUCAUUCCAUACAAGUCUUAAGGACUGCUCUGUGUAACACUGUGACUGCCCUGUGUGCUUAGACACGUAGUUUCCUCAGUGGAUAGCACUCAACUUAUUCCCUAGUGAUAUUGUAACAAUACUGCCAUUCCCUCUUACUGCACUGCCCAACGUGUGUGUAGCACAAACAGUUCUCGUUACUAAGGACCAAUUCAGAACUGAACAGCUAUGCAUAGGACAGAAAGAUACAUUGAGCAGGGGGUGGGAAGAAAACACAGCAUUUUGUCAACACUGUGCACCAGUCCACGUCUGUUCCACCCCGGUAGUCAGCCACUUCAGGAAGGUGGGCCUGCUACCGAACCCCGCUUCUAGUCUCUUCUCCCACUUGACAUUGCCACCCGAUUUCACCAGCAGGCCACAGAGAACAGCAACGCUCUGAUGUGAGAGACUGUCUGCACAUAAUAUAGCAAAACAAGAUGGAGGAAUGCUAAGCAUGCCUUCACGUGCGAUCUUUAGGAUUUAGCUC